GCGAAAUCUGACACUGGCAGUAACCACACCUCGCAAGUCCGGUUUUCGUAGCAGCUGGAUGGCUAGCUGUCUUGCCUGGCAUCUUGGAAGCUGUGACAUUGAAGAGGAGGGAAGACAGCAUUGAAGACAAGGUUAGGUGUUUUGGCUAACCCUGAUACUGUUGUGUCCUGUCCGGUACAUCAGUUGUCCAUACCCAUCAACAGUCAUUUUCAGAUUGUGCGAGAGGCCGAAGAAGCGCUGCUCAUUGACUUGCCAUCAAAAAGAGCUUAUGUGCAAGACCAGUGUUGUGGCAACAGUACUACAAUAAAGACAUGACAAUCGUUUGUAACAGAGCUCUUCAUCCAAUUUGGUUAGAUUUUUAGUUUAUGCCCUGAGCUCCAUGCCUGGUUGUCUCUGCAGAUUUAUUUAGUUGCAAAAGUUGGUCAUGAGUUGCCUGUGGCGAUGGGACCACCUGCACUCUGUUGAAAUAGCUCACUGUUGGCAAAUCACUGUCUACCUCAUUUUCUGCGGAUUUGGUAGACAUGCAAGUGGACAUGGGUAGUGUCUCCAUGGUUGUGCUUGCGUUAGGAUACGGGUCAGAGGGGAGAAAGCCCUGGAGCUGAUUCUGGAGCUCCAGGAUGAUGAGCGCAGCCAGUCCUUCUUCUCCCAGUUGAAGAGAGCCAAGCAGCAAGGGUGACUGACUUCCACGCCUUAGUAAUUUCCCCCUACGUCCUCUUCUCUCACGUUUCACCUAUGUCCACCGGUUACAUUCCUCAGCUAUGUUUACGGUCAGAGGCCCCUUUCAAGGUGGCAGUGGCACCGUACCUACUGUCGAGUCCAAAAGCACGCAAAUCAAAGCGAUGGAUCCUAUCAUGCCGGCUCCCCGCAAGGUCUCUGUCCCAGUCCCACCCAUCCCUCCUCAGAGAGGGAUCCACAAAGCUGUCAACUCUCACACCAAGCCCACCGGCAUACCGCCACCGCCUCCCAACCUCAACGACAGCUUUUCAGCCUGCCAGACCGGCACAGCUGACAGACAGGACCCAGCUCUCUCUCUGGCCAUAGACUUUGGCUUUGAGGACAACUUCAAUAAUUCCCUCAAAGUGGAGGAGAAGAAGAACCAUCAGAAUGGCAUCGGGCCCCCCCGGGAAGCUCCUCCAGUUCCCCCUCUGCCUCCACGUAAAGGCUCCUACACUCCCUCCAAUCCUCUCCCACCCACGCCCAUCCCCACUUCCAAAGACAGAGUUUCGUCCAUACAGGCUAAAGAUGCCGCCUUCAUCACGCCUGCCAAAACAGAUCUUAGUGUUGACCGGCCCACCUCGUGGUGUGACAGCCCCACCACCAACAGCAUGCGGAACGCCAUGUUCUCCACUCAGGCCAGCCAGAGAGAGUACCUCAUCAAACACCGCCUGGCCAAGAAGGAGAAGGAGUACGUAGACAUCAAGGACUUCAGAUUCUUUUCUGGAACGUGGAAUGUGAAUGGCCAGUCUCCAGACAGCAGUCUAGAGCCCUGGCUUUGUUGUUCGCUAGAACCCCCUGACGUCUACGCUCUGGGUUUCCAGGAGCUGGACCUGAGCACAGAGGCCUUCUUCUAUCUGGACUCCUCUAAGGAGCAGCUGUGGGUAGAGGCUGUGGAGAGAAGUCUGCACCCCAAAGCCAAGUACAAGAUGGUGCGUACCAUUCGACUAGUGGGCAUGAUGCUAGUGGUGUUUGUCAACAAGGUGCACAAGAAUCACAUUAAAGAGGUUGCGGCGGAGCACGUGGGAACUGGCAUCAUGGGGAAAAUGGGCAACAAGGGAGGUGUGGCUGUGCGCUUUGUGUUCCACAACACCAGCUUCUGCUUUGUCAACUCCCACCUGGCGGCCCAUGUCGAGGACUUUGAGAGGAGGAACCAGGACUACAAAGACAUCUGUGCCCGCAUGAGCUUCCACCUGCUAGACCAUCCUCCCCACAAUAUCGUCAAACACGAUGUAGUGAUCUGGGUAGGAGAUCUGAACUACCGGUUGUUUGUGUACGAUGCAGCUGAGGUCAAACAGCUCAUCUCCCACAACCAACUGAGGAAACUGCAGGAGUAUGACCAGCUGAAUAUCCAGAGACAGAACAAGCGAGCUUUCACAGACUUCAUGGAGGGAGAGAUCAAUUUCAUGCCCACGUACAAGUAUGACUCCAAGACGGACCGAUGGGACUCUAGUGGGAAGUGUCGUGUCCCAGCGUGGUGCGAUCGGAUCCUGUGGAGGGGCAGUAAUGUGAAGCAGCUCCACUACAGGAGUCACAUGGAACUGAAGACCAGCGACCACAAGCCUGUCAGCUCCCUCUUCAGUGUCGGGGUGAAGGUGGUGAACGAGGCACGCCACAAGAAAGUCUUUGAGGAGAUCGUGCGCAUGAUGGACAGGAUGGAGAACGAAUUCCUCCCGUCUCUGGCACUGACCCACAGAGAGUUCACCUUUAAGGACGUCAAGUUUCGCCAGCUGCAGCGGGAGAGUUUUGUGAUCUCUAACGAUGGGCAGGUCGCCUGCCACUUUGUCUUCAUCCCCAAGCUCAACGACUUGCAAUACUGCAAGAACUGGCUCCGUGCUGAGCCCAGCGAAGGCUUCCUAGAGCCCAACGAAACUUUAGAGAUCUUCCUGGAUGUGUACGUGAGCAAGGACUCGGUGACGCUGCUCAACUUGGGAGAGGACGCCAUCGAAGACAUCCUGGUGCUGCACCUGGACCGAGGCAAGGACUACUUCAUCACCAUCUCCGGCAACUACCUGCCCAGCUGCUUCGGUACCUCGCUGGAGACCCUGUGCCACAUAAAGAAGCCCAUCCGGGAGGUCCCCAUCACCAAGCUCAUCGACCUGGAGAAGUCCAGGGUGAGCUUCCUGAUGGUGGACAGUGCCGGCACGGAGGACAAGCCCUUAAAGAUUCCCAAGGAGGUGUGGCUGCUGGUGAACCACCUCUUUACCAUGUCCUGCCAGCAGGAGGACCUGUUCCAGACACCGGGCCUGCAGGAGGAGCUGCAGGGUGUCAUUGACUGCCUGGACACCAGCAUUCCUGACUCCAUCCCUGGUUGUAACCACUCCGUGGCCGAGGCCCUGUUGAUAUUUCUGGAAGCUCUGCCGGAGCCAGUGGUCUGUUACGAGAACUACCAGCGCAGCCUGGACUGCUCCCACGACAGCCGCCUCUGCAAACAGUUGAUCUCCCAGCUGCCCCGGGCUCACCGCAACGUCUUCCGCUACCUGAUGGCCUUCCUCAAGGAGCUGCUGAAAUAUGCCCACAACAACAACCUCACUGCCAACCUCAUAGCUACCCUCUUUGCCAGCCUGCUCAUCCGACCCCCGCCCAACAUGGUGGGCCGACAGACAGCGCAGGACCGACAGAGAGCCAUCGACUUCAUUCUGGGCUUCCUCAUGGGAGGGGACGAGGAGUGAGGGGUCAGGGGAUCAGACAGCCGGGACCUUUUGAUGACAGAUCGAGGAAUGGGGUUUUGGUGGACACACGGUCCAUGUAUGUGUGUAAGGGACCAUGGUGGAUUGUGUUGUGGGAGAACAAACAUUGCAAUUAUAUGGGACCCUCUCUUAUCAGACUCUUAUCAAUGCCCCAGCCCCCAGCCUUUGUAGUGCUGUACUUCAGUCACUCACAACCAUCACCAUUAACCAAGUCCCAUAGUUUUCAUGUCUGCUCAUUGUGUGGCUGCAGGACCAGGAGUUUAGGUGUUGGGCAGCUUGGAGUGAAAGUGAACAGACAACUGGCUGACGCCCCACUCCCCAGGCAACCCAUGCCCCAUUCAACCCCCACUGAGGACUGUUCUGUGCCCCAUUCAACCCCCACUGAGGACUGUUCCGUGCCCCAUUCAACCCCCACUGAGGACUGUUCCGUGCCCCAUUCAACCCCCACUGAGGACUGUUCCGUGCCCCAUUCAACCCCCACUGAGGACUGUUCCGUGCCCCAUUCAACCCCCACUGAGGACUGUUCCGUGCCCCAUUCAACCCCCACUGAGGACUGUUCCGUGCCCCAUUCAACCCCCACUGAGGACUGUUCCGUGCCCCAUUCAACCCCCACUGAGGACUGUUCCGUGCCCCAUUCAACCCCCACUGAGGACUGUUCCGUGCCAAAACGACUCCCUUUACCUGAUUUGAAUGUGAAAUCUGAAUGGAAGUACAAUAUGUAUGAACCCACAGAUACUAAGAUAAUGAUGAUCUGUUAGUACGUUACACUAAAGAUACACGUAGAGGGUCGUGCAGAAAAUUUGGAUCGCAUUCUACCUGGUGGAUACUCCUCUCAGAGUGAAUGAUUCAACCAAUGGGUACGUAGUGAUAUCGCAGGCAAGAGACUUCUGGGGAACACAGAGAGACUAAAUGAAUCCUUGCUUGUCCGAAAUACCGUCCAAGGAAGUUUGACGUUCUUCUACAAGAUAAUGAUGACAAUCCGGAGCAGUCCUUUCUGGGAUCUGGGAGACAUAUUGGGAGAUGUGUUAGAACUGUCAGCUAUGGUGUAAACAUGUUAUUUAUGAUUUAUAUUCUUUCCUUACAUAACUUUGGACCAUCUUUAGAGUUUAUUUCAACUUCAUACUUCUUUUAAGAGACCACAUUUUGGAUAUUGAGCGUUAUCGUGAGUUAGGCUGAUUUCUCCAUUCAAGUACAUUACAACUCUGAACCCAAGUCACACUAACUUGACACUAACUUGACAGUAGAGUGAUCAGUCAUCCCUCCUGCUUGUACAGUAUCUGCUAUUCUACGGGCCAGUUUUUCAGACCCAGAUUCAUCUUAUUGGAGAGUUAACAUUCGCGAUUGAGCAUGCUUUUUUGUUGUUGUUCAAGAGUGGUUCAAUGUGGUUGUCUCAUCCAGCUAUCUUAAGAUGAAUGCACUAAUUGUAAGUCGCUCUGGAUAAGAGUGUCUGCUACAUGACUAAAAUUAGUUGGCUUUUAGUCUUGAGUCUGGGAAAAACCCUCCCUACAGUGUGCUACAGAACAUAACAAAGACAAACCCACUACGGCAUCGACGUCUUAACAUUUGUUGCAAACAGUCCCGCUCCUGUCCGCAUUGACCUCUUGUGGGUUUUUUGACUCUGCUGUCACCUCUUAUUAUGGUGGUGCAAACCGUGUGUUCAAUAUGUAUGUAUUGUUUGUUGGUCAUGCAGGUACCAUCGAUUAAAUGCUUGUUUAUAUGUUUA